AUGGAAAGUGAAGCCAGACAUAGUCGCUCAUUCGGUGGAUGUGCCACGUGCCGAAGCCGCCGCACCAAAUGCGACCAAGGUCGUCCUACAUGUGCCGUGUGUCAGAAGGCCGGAAUGGUUUGCGGACGCUACGAGAAGCACAUAUUCUUCGACCUCGAAGAGCAACAGGAAUCGGCCACUGGCCGCUUCCGCCGGCCUCUAUUGACUCUGGCAGAGCGCCAAUGCAUGAGCGAGCUGCUAACGUCGAGCGUUCCUCCACGACUAGCACAUCGGCACAUCACCAGCCUCGACGAAACACACGACGAUACGUUCGCCACCGAUGAUUUCAAUGUUUUUCGCGGGCCAUUUGGGGUAUUUAGAGUAACGCAGCAUCACGGCACCGUCCAAGUUGGGCAUACUGGCGACACAAGCUCAUUUCGCGACGAGCCUACGACCCGCGAGCUUCCUCGCCACGAGCUGCAAUCAACGAGCGAAGACAUGUACUCAACAGACCUUGCAUUCUCUCCCGGCACGAUGGACAUGAUUGACUCAAUGCUGGUUUCCUACGAUUUCAAUGCGCAACCAUACGACAUCGAUGAGUUGUUCAAGUUCUCCCAUGCCGAUCGUAAUGUCGAUCGCUCAGACAAGGUGUUGAUAACACGGAUCUCGCAACCGUGGGUGACUGAUCCACACCCUUUCGACGAUAGAGCGGGGGAUCAUCCACCACAGGCACUCAUGAAAGGCACUUUGCCACUUGGCUCGGGAUCAUCCUCGGUAGCGAAGGGCAAAAUUGUUCCACAGGAUGCAGUCGUGCUUCUGAAGCACUACUCCACGAAGGUCCUGCCUCUUUUAGCACCAUUUCGACACAGCAAGACACCCUGGCAUGUGCUUUUCGUCCCUCACGCGAAGAACUGCCUCGCAGCUCUCAGUCUGGGUGAGGACGUCGAUUGGGCUACUCUUUGCAACUUCUAUGGCAUGCUGGCGAUCAGUGCGUACAGCCUGUCUGGUGUGAUGCAAAUGCAGAGCUGGCUCGAGAAGGGCACUUUGUAUGAGCAGCAAGCACGCGAGUACGCUGAAUCUAUGCUUGAAACUGCGUACGACGUACCAAAGACCGCCAAGUACAAGUCUAUUCUGGUGGCUCUCCUUACUACGGUUCAGGUUUCAGUCAUCUCCAGGAGUCCCGAUCAGACAGACCUUUACUUUCUCGAAGCAGAGAAGUUCAUACGACUGCGGGGCUUGAAUCGGCGCAAGUCUCGCAAGGUUCGCUUGCUACACCAUUGCUAUGCGUUUGAGCGCAUCUUCCACGAGAGCACCUUCGUAACCAGCCUUCGCUCCGACCAUCGCCGUCACGUUCGCCAGGCCAUUGAGUCUAGUGGGUUAGGAGGAUAUAGCCGAGACAGCUUGUCUUUCCAGGGAAUUCAUAGCUCUGUCGAUCUGGAGAAAGAGAUGCUUCGGUUGAAGUGUCAAGAUGAAGGCGAGAACGACCUGCACAUUGAGAUGCCAGGUUUGUGGUCUGCCACGCUCCAUCCGGAAAUUUUUGGCAUUCCUGAGCCAUGGCUUAUGCUGCUCUCCUUGAUCAUCAGACUGGCAAAGGAGAAGGAAGGCUCAAAGGAGCAGUGCACUCGCGAGAGUGAAGGGAAGCCGAUGAGUUUGCAAGCCUUUCUAAACCACGCCAAGUCUAUCGAGCGAUGCAUUCAGCUAUUGCAGCGGCCGAGCGAUAAUUCCGAUUUAGACAUCCUCCUCGAAGCCAUGCAGAGUGCCAUCGCCAUUUACUUCUACCGUCGAAUCUACGAUCUGGACGCCUUGCUCCUGCAGACACGGGUCUCUUGCGUGCGCGAUUGUCUAGCAAGACUCGACGCCGCCUCGCAACCAGACCCAGCGUUUGGUGCGGCACGGUUGAUCUGGCCCGCCUUCAUUGCCGCACGCGAAGCGCAGGAUGUUGACGUUCAAGCAUCUUUCGCAAAUUGGUUUCGCGCAUCGGCUCAGCAAAGUGGCCUCCGGCUAUUCACUGACACAUUGGCGAGUGUUGAGCGGACAUGGCAACGCAGUGGUCCGGCAGGUGACCCGAUGACAUGGCUGGGAUCUAGCGAGAAUCAGCCUCCUGUCGAUCUCACGAUGCGCAUUGACGGUUCGAGCUUUGCGUAA